UGGGACUCGGUAAUUUUCACCUAAGAGGCUGGGCAACAAUACCCACCGCGCCUCCCCCAAACCCCCCCUCGAAAUCGAUGGCUCACGCGCUCCGCGGCGGCGCCACCCUCCGCCGCCUCCUCCGCCUCCCCCGUGGCGGCGCCGCCUCCGCCGCCGCCGCAGCCGACGCAGAGGAGCGCAUCACCAACCCCGUCCUCUUCGCCUCCCAUGGCCUCAGGUAUCGCAAGCUCGAGGUCAUCCUCACCACGACGAUCGACAAGUUGGGAAGAGCCGGGGAGACGGUGAAGGUGGCGCCGGGCCAUUUCCGCAACCACUUGAUGCCUAAGCUCCUAGCGGUGCCCAACAUUGAGAAGUACGCUUUCCUCAUCCGGGAGCAGCGCAAGCUUUAUCAACGUGAGGAAGAGGAAGCGGGAAAAGAAGCUCAAAUGGCCGAUGAUGCUUCCCUGCAACAGGAACUUAAAAUGAAAGAAUAUCAGAUGGCAGCAAAGCGUCUUGAUAAUGCCCUCUUGGUUUUGAGGAGGUUCAUCAAGGUUGAUAACGAAUUGCGUUCACCGGUGACAAAGGAUGAAAUUGUCGAGGAGGUGGCUAGGCAACUUUGUAUCAAUAUCCACCCAGAUAACCUCCACCUACCGUCGCCGCUGACGUCGCUGGGAGAGUACGAGGUGCCGCUCCGUUUGCCGAAGGAUAUUCCGCGACCAGAGGGAAGGCUUCAAUGGACUUUGAAUAUUAAGAUCCGCAGGAAAUGACGUAAUUUGUAAUCACAGCUUCGGAAAUUCAACUAUGCUUUCUAUGCCAGUUUUAUUAUUAGUUUGGAAACUGUUACAGUUAGUUGUCUCAAGCCUCAGUUGAGAUGAUCUUACAAGAUUAAGUCAAAUGGAAAGAUGCAGAGCAGGUCAGUUGAUUUUAUGUUGUAAUUUUGGUGCUAAUUUUUGACAUUAUCCUGUCAUGCUUUUGGCAAUUUCUAAUUUGUUUCCCUCAAGUUCCCUGCUGUUUCAUUCUUUAUUAUCUAUUUUUUGUGGAAUUCUCAUUUUUUGGGGUUAAAAAAAAAACAGGGGAUGCUUGGAUUUCACUCUGUUGUUAAGAUUCAUGUGGGUGGAAUCCCACAGCUAUUGUAAAUAUUUAGAAAUCAGAGUU